AUGGAAGCAGAGGUGUUGGACCUGUUGAAGCUGAUGCAACCAGCGCCAAAUCAGCCCCCUCAGGAGCCAUUCACUUUGGAUGAUGUGACAGUGAAAUUCACCCAGGAAGAGUGGAACUGUCUGGAUGCCAGCCAGAAGGCCCUGUAUAGAGAUGUUAUGUUGGAGACCUUUAAGAAUCUGGCAUCUAUAGGAGACAAGGAAUAUGAGGAACCUCGAGAAUGGAGACUGUGUCUGAGAGAUAGGACUGGAGGUAACAAGGUUUCCCCUGCUGGAGAAGGGGCAGGUCCUCAGAGCCCACGCUCUUCCCCGGCUGGCUCUUCCUUUCGCUGCCAAACGUGUGGCAAGUGUUUCAACAAGCUCUGUCACCUUCGUAGCCACCAGUGUAUUCACACCUCCAAAUGGACUCAUACCUGCAACCAGUGUGGGAAAUUAUUUAGGAAUCCCAAGACCUUCCGCUACCAUACGCAUAGGCAUCUUGGGGAGAAGCCCUUUGGUUGCUCUGUCUGUGACAAGACCUAUUGUGACCCAUCUGGACUGAGUCGCCAUCGCCGUGCCCAUAUAGGUUACCGGCCCCGUUUAUGCUCCUUCUGUGGGAAAGGCUUCCGGGACCAGUCUGAGCUCAAACGCCACCAGAAGACGCACCAAGAUCAGCAGCCAGUGGCAGAGAAACAAGAUUGUGUUAUGAGGAUCCCAGAAGUCACAACUAGAUUCCAGGCACUGAUUGACAGGAGCCAGGCAUCAAUUCAGGAGCCUUUGGCUGGGAACCCGUCACCAGUGGCCAGGAACCAAGAGUCCAUAUUUAGAACUGAGGACCCUGUGGCCCAACCCCAACCAUCUAUUGUUAGUAACCAAACAUCAGUGUCUGGAAACCAGGUGAGAACUCAGGCACCAGUCAUUGGAACCAAGGGACCUGUGCUCAGGAUCCGGAUGCCCAACACUAGAGCCCCUUCCUUGGAUAGCAGGUUCAGCCCUUACCAGACAAGGCUCAUGAAACACGAGGUCUUUACUUGCCACAGUUGUCCCCUCACUUUUAGCAAGAAAGCCUGUCUCUUUAGUCACCAGAAGACCCACCUCACAGAGCAGCAAAACCGCUGUUUCUAUUGUGGUAAAUCUCUCAGCUCAUUCUCUAAGCUAGUCAGGCACCAGCAGACCCACUGGAAGCAGAAGAUCUACCGGUGCCCUAUCUGCGACCUCUGCUUUGGGGAGAAGGAGGACCUUCUAGGCCACUGGAAGAACUCCAAAGUUGACGGAAAAUGCAUGAGAAGAUCCCAUAAAUGCUGGCUCAUCCUGGGGCAAUGCCUUGGCUUCUCCCAUACUGCCCACCUUAAGGCAGGGAAGGAUGAGAAACACGAAGGAAAUCCAUCUUCUCCAUGA